AUGGUAAGUGUGGUACAGUGUAACCUGCAACACAGCAGGGCGGCAACGGCUGCAUUAUGCCGCCGCCUUGAUGUGGACACAACCAACACAGACAAGCCGAGGACGGCUAUAUACACCCCUCGCCAUAUCAAAACCCAAUCACUACAACAUCUUUCAACAUCUGAUCUGACUGCCGUGAAAGUGGAAUAUGUAGUCAAGGGCAAACAAACUGCUGUUGUCAUCGCAUCAGUUUACCUCCCUGAGAAUUCGGCCACCCCACCACCAACGAGGGAGAUGGAGGAACUGGUGGCACCCAGAAAUGGGAACUUAUCAUGGCCUGUGAUACAAAUUCACACCAUGUACCCUGGUAGGCCGACAUUUGUUAACUCAAGAAGUCAAACAUUAAUAGAUGUCACGUUGACUACGGCGCGCAUAUAUAAUGUAAUCCAGAACUGGCAUGUGGCAGACAUUGCCUCAAUGUCAGAUCACCGCUGGAUAAACUUUAAUAUUAAUCUUAUCAAAACUCCUCAAAAAUCGUUCCGGAAUCCCCGAGGAACUGACAAGGAUAAAUAUCUUUGUCACCUCCGGGACAACCUGGCAGCGGUACAAGAUCAGGAGCCCAGAAACAAUGGAGAGAUUGAGGUGCUCGUGAACACUGUACAAUCUGCCAUAGAAAGAGCCUUUAUAACAUCUUGCCCCCUCAGAUCAGCUCGGCAAACCGGCGCAACCACGGGUUGGUGGAAUCGGGAGCUGAGCGAACUGAGGAAGAAGGCCAGGAUCGUUCAACAAGGCAAAAAUGACAAGACAAGACUCAGACUGGCAAAUAUACAAAACCCACCUAAGACUUUUCAAAAAACUGGUCAGGAAGAGACAAAGGGAUACAUGGAGAGCCUACUGCGAGAAGAUUGA